CUGAUGCAGUGUGGUCAGAUUAGCGGAGUGCUGCCCUCUCCCGGCUUCUGCCACACCGACACAAUAACAGCCUCUCCUGUCACGGAGCUGCAUGACAGAGCCGCCCAGUCCUCUGAGGAGUGGGAGCUCUCGCAGGGAGACACCGGACCUCUUACGGGACCCAAACGACUGGCUGCAGUUGAGUUUUGUCGACGGGUUUUAUUUCUGAGAUAUGAGUCAGCGCAACACAACAUUCACGCUUUCCAGCUAGUGGUGUGUGAUCUGGAGAGAGAGGAAAGGACAGCAGAGAAUAUGGAGGUGUCAGAUGGUUUGUUGCUGCAGGUCAAUAACGGAGAACAGUGGUGUAACCGCUGGAAACAUCCCAAUGAUGACUCGGACCGCAGCACCAGCCCCUCGGUCCUGCGCUGCGUUGCCAGUACGUGGAAGGAGGGUCUUCUGAACAGAAAGAGGCCCUUUGUGGGCCGUUGCUGUCACUCCUGUACACCACAGAGCUGGGAGAGACUGUUCAACACCAGUAUUCCAUCUCUGGGACUGCGUAACGUCAUCUAUAUCAAUGAGACCCACACCAGACAGCGGGGCUGGCUGGCGCGCAGGCUAAGUUAUGUGCUGUUUGUCAUGGAAAGAGAUGUCAACAAGGACAUGUUCACCAGGAAUGUAGUGGACAAUGUGCUCAACAACAGCAGUGUGGAGAGUGCUAUUGUGAAGGUAGCCACAGAUGUGGACACUGCAGCCAGCCAGCCUGGCCAGGACCACAAAGCUGUCAGUAAAGUGAAGCAGAAAGCCAGGGCCUUCCUCCAGGAGAUGGUGGCCAACAUUUCACCAGCCUUUAUCAGGCUGACGGGGUGGGUCCUCCUGAGGCUCUUUAACGGCUUCUUCUGGAGCAUCCAGAUCCACAAGGGCCAGCUGGAAAUGGUCAAGAAAGCAGCUACGGAGCAAAAUGUACCCAUGGUCUUCCUCCCUGUUCAUAAAUCCCACAUUGACUACCUGCUCAUCACGUUGAUCCUGUUCUGUCACAACAUCAAAGCCCCACACAUUGCUGCUGGAAACAACCUAAGCAUCCCUAUCCUCAGCACCCUUAUCCGUAAACUUGGAGGGUUCUUCAUACGACGGAAAAUGGAGGAGACCGGGGAUGGGAAGAAAGACAUUCUGUAUAGAUCACUCUUGCAAGCAUAUACAGAGGAGUUGUUGCGUCAGCAGCAGUUUUUGGAGGUCUACCUAGAGGGUACCCGCUCCCGCAGCGGUAAGCCAUCUACAGCGCGUGCAGGCAUGCUGUCCAUCGUGGUAGACACACUGUACACUGGGUCCAUCCCAGACGUACUGGUGGUGCCAGUUGGCAUCUCUUACGAUCGUAUUAUUGAGGGCAACUACAAUAGCGAGCAGCUGGGCAAGCCCAAGAAGAAUGAGAGUUUGUGGGGAAUAGCAUGUGGAGUGUUCAGGAUGCUGCGUAAGAACUACGGUUGCGUCCGAGUUGACUUCAACCAGCCCUUCUCCCUCAAGGAGUACCUGGACUCCCAGAGAAGCCGCCAUAUUCCACCACCAGUGUCCCUGGAACACACCUUGAUGCCCACCAUAAUUUCUGCUCAACCUGAUGCUCAGCUGUUUGAGGGGCAGGAGGAGGAGCAGCUGAACAGAGAGCUGCCUGAUGACAUCUUGAGACGACAGGUCAUUAACAACCUGGCCAAGCACGUCCUCUUCACGGCUAAUAAGUCCUCAGCGAUCAUGUCUACCCACAUUGUAGCCUGUCUGCUGCUCUACAGACACAGACAGGGGGUGGUGCUGUCCAAGCUGGUGGAAGACUUCUUCAACAUGAAGGAGGAGAUCCUGUCACGGGACUUUGAUCUGGGCUUUUCUGGGAACUCCGAGGAUGUGGUCAUGCGUGCCCUCCACCUGCUGGGAAACUGCGUCAACGUGACCAGCAGUGCGAAUCGCAAUGGAGAGUUCACUGUUGCACCAAGCCAAACUGUACAAGCGCUUUUUGAGCUCAACUUCUACAGCAAUGGCCUUUUCCAUGUCUUCAUUUCUGAUGCAAUCAUCGCCUGCAGCAUCCUGUCGCUGCAGCGGGAGCUGGUUGCGGAAUCAGACUCUGAUCACCAGCCCAGUUGUCUCAGUAGCCUCCCUCUCAGUCAAGAGAGACUCAUCCGCAAGGCCGCUGGGCUCUCCCACUUCCUUAUCAAUGAGGUGUCUGUGGCGCCACCCUGUCAGACUAUUUACCAGGUUUUUCACGAUGCAGUGACCCGGCUGAUCCAGUAUGGAGUUCUCUAUGUAGCAGAGGAGGACCAAGAGGAACUGAGUCCCAGCCCCACAGAGGAACCGUGGCCCAAAAAGUUCCCCGAGCCCCUUUCCUGGAGAAGUGACGAGGAGGACGAGGACAGUGACUUCGGCGAGGAGCAGAGGGAUCGCUACCUAAAGGUGAGCGUUUCUGCAGAGCACCAGGAGUUCUUCGUCUUUUUACAGCGACUUGUGAGCCCCGUGCUGGAGGCCUACAGUGGGGCCGCCAUCUUCGUCCACAGUCUGAGUCAGCCCAUGGCUGAGUCUGACUACACCCAGAGGCUCUUCAGAUACCUGCUCACCCGCACAGAGAGAGGAGUGGCUGCUUAUGGUGAAAGUGCAACUCAUUACUUGGUUAAGAACACAGUGAGGACAUUCAAAGAGCUUGGGGUCCUGAAGGAGAGAAGAGAGAACCGGGUGACAACUUUGGAGCUGAGCAGCACUUUUCUACCUCAGGCCAAUCGGAACAAACUCCUGCAGUACAUCUUAGGUUACACCCUGCUGUGACAGAGACACCCUUCAGCCCAGCUCAGACCCCAGGCUCCUUCCAAUAAAGGGCUUCUACUGGUUACUUCUAAACAAUCCCAGGUGCUACUCUGUGGAAAGCUUUACCAGGAAGUGCCUUCACGUAACAGCCGCUAACUGUUAGCUGUUAGCCGGAAGAGACUUGAAGCCAGUCUUCCCUUUUUGUUCCAGUCUAUGACUCCCUGUCUGAGAACUGUGCAGCUGAUAAAACACAUGUAUCAUUCUUUGAAGAGGUACCUCUAGGAAUCAUCCUGUCUUUGGGAACAUUGCCAGUGAAGUCUUGAGGUUUUAAUAUGAUCAAGAUUUUAUCAGAAAAUAUACUCAAGCAGGUUAGUGAAUAAGAAUCACUUUUACAGCAAUCCGAACAAAGCAAGCUGCCUUUAGUCUAUACAAGUGAACAAGCAAAAUAUGCAUAGAAAAUAAUGGUAAACAUUACCAACAACAAAGGCAUUUUUAUGUUUAACUCUUUCUGCUUGUUUGUAGAACUGUUGUAUUCUCUCCAGUGCGCUCCACUAUCAUACCGUAGAAAACAUGUAAAAAUGUAUUUUGAGGAAAGGCUAAAUUUAAAACUAACUCCUGUACAUAGGCCACAAGAACAGUGUCUCUCAUUUGUAGUCCAUUUAAAUACGUGCUCUGUGCUGACAUCACAUUUAACAGAUUUGAAAGAUUUGCCCCUGCAAAAUGCGUACAUAUCUAAAAUAUUUCAUUAAAAAAUAAAUACAUGUAAAAAAAAUCUAAUCCUUAUAGACAGCUUUGGUCAGUUAUACUGCACAGAUACUGGUUAAAGUUAUCAAAAAGAUAAGUUCAGCCAUGCAACAAUAUCUACUUUGCAAACAACAACAACAAACAAAAUGUACCUGUUGAAAAUCCAGCACAGCUGCAGCCUAAAAUCACAUGCAUCUACAGUUAAGUGCAUUCAAACCACUAAUAUCUAAGUGCAUUCAGUUACACUUUUUGUCAUAGGUAUUGAUGAAAAGUGACUUUGAUCUGUGUGUUAGUGUACCACUGUUCUCACUUUUCAAUGAAUGUGACAUAGCACAGCACCUACAAUACUUACUACCAGCCAUCACAUCCACGUCAGUUUAAAUGUAACAAGCUCAGAAGCUCUUUGGUCAUGCCUUUCAGGGAAAGCAGAGAUUGGGGAGAACCACCAUCUUUUUUUUCUUUCUGUGUUAUAAUCACACUUUACAAAAGCUGUUAUGGCAUCACUGCUGAGUGAGCUAUUUUGCUCCAAUGGUUGGGCAUUCGCAAGUCAGAGGAACUUCAUAGUGUGAUAAAAAUAAAUGGUACAUAUCCACCGUGUAAUCCAUCUGAACAAAAGGUCAUGUCUGUAAAAGUUAGCCGUUUGUGAGAAUAGUGUCUUUGUUGUACGUUCAAGAUGCUCUAGUUGAAAGGAGAUGAUGUCUUUCUCCUUUGUUUACUUUUAAACGCAGACUGCUGUGAGGAGCAGUGAUGUUUCUGUAAAUGAAAUGAUAGUUCUUAACUGGGUCAGGUUUACCUGUUCAUUUUUCUUGGUUAUAGCUUCACUUCAGAUUUUCAGCACCACUGUCUUACUUUCACAAAAUCACAGUCUAAAAAUGUCCUUAUAAUUUCCGUUUUUGUUUCUAAAUGCAUGUGUCAAAAAAAAUCUAAACGUCAGACAGGUUGGGAAUAAAAACUCUGUGGUAACAGAUUAUGUUAAUCAUGAAAAUCUAAAACAUACCAAAACUACAUGCGUUAAAUUAAAACUCGAUAGUGAAACCUCACUGCACUGUAUCUGUGCAUUUAGCUAGAGAACAUUAACCAGUUUUUUAUUAUUUUAUUAUAAAACGACACAUCAGGACUCAAUAUUUAGGUUUUGUCCUACGUAUGUAAUUCUAAAAAAUAAAUACAUUUUUGCAUUAAGCAUGAACAUAAACGUUGGUGUACGAGUGCUCACCAACUGACAGGAAAAAGAAGGAGUGUGUUGGAAAGGGAAGAGUAAGUCUGAAUAAUUGUGGGCAUUAGAGGGGAUGCGAACCCAAAUCUCAGAUUGAUAAUGUGAAGACAGUGUAAAUGUUAGAAUUUGACAUUCUUGAUCUGUCGGGGCAAUAAGGAAAAUGGAAAUUGGGUGUCUAAUGGUAUACACUGAAUGAAUAUUUAUAUUGAAAGACAAGUCUGCAACACUGCUUGGUACAAUUAACUUAAAUGCUUUUUCAAAUCUAUGUAAGGAAAUAUCUCUGAAAUUGGGGGGGAAAAAAGGUUACUUGUUAAGGAUCAGUGAAUGACACCCAUAGCAUGUUGAAGAACAGAUAAGUAUGUUAUUUGAAAAGGAAUGUGAUCAGAGUGCCCCCCCCAAAAAAUAGUCCCUGCUCAAGUUCAGCGGGGAACAUUUUGACAUUCAAAGCAUUUCUGAGCCCACAGUCCUGCAAAAGUCCCCACGCCGGGGCGACCCCUCCGCCAAGAUAAAAACCACUUCACGUACUGUACUGCAUGUUUCCUCUGGUCGCCUUUAAUCAUCGACACUUCAAUGUGAAUUCUACUUAACCUGAGAAUUGUAUUUUACAAUUUAGUGUGUGAAUUAUGUUGCAGAGAAAGAUAGUUGUGUGUGUGUGUGUGUGUGUGUGUGUGUGUGUGUGUGUCUGUAGGGGAUGAAAUUUGUUACCUCUUGAAUGUAUCUCAUCUGUCCCCAAAAAGGUCAAUGUGAUAAUUAUAGAAUACUCAAUGGAAGUCGGUACAGAUGUGACGAUCAUGGGGAUUGUUGAGAACCCGUCGCUACUGAAGCUGCAUUAACAACAUCCCUCUACGACUAUGUAACUUUGUAGGAUUAAAAAAAAAAGAAAAAAGCCUGUAUCUGGGGAGCAGGUGCCUUUUUAAUGCACUGUAGUGCUCUUUUGUUGUGUUUUUUGUUCUGUUUUUGUGCAUGUUAACAAAGGUUAUUUCGUGUGGGAAAAGAACAGUGUAGAUUGUAACUUUAAAAAACAAACAAACACACGAGCAGAGAACUUGUGGUUACUAUAAGCAGAAUCACCAGCUACUAAAAGAAAAAGUGUCACUUUUUUUCUUGCUUUCUCAGAGCAAAGCACAAUUGGCAUUAUUGGAUUUUGUUUUUAAAUAAAUUAAUGAUAGAUUAACAAUGA